UGCUCCUCCUGGAGGUCCUGUGUCUUUAAGGCCGGAUCUUACAGCUCACACACGGCUGACUGGUGCCACGCUGCGGCGCCUGCUCAGUGCGUCUCCGCCGCCGCUGCUCGGAUCCCGGACCAGGAGCUCCUCUGUCCGUACGUCUGCUGCAGCCUGUGUGUAAGUGUGUGCGCUGUCUGAUGGUAAACCUAUGGAUUGACGGAGGGAGGCUAUUGUUGUCAGCCCGGUGGUUUGUUCUGCUGGAGCACUUUCACCGGAGAAUGCCCAGAGGAGCCGGAGCUGUGUUCCUGCACGGAUAGCGCAGAGAUACGCCCGAGAAACACGAUAUUGACAUGAAGAAAGACAUUGAGACUCUAAUAGCAGAGGAACGUGCUGAUAUCAUCUUGAAAUAUGCUACGGAUGAAGAGUUCACACGUGGUUGAUUCUGUGGUUAAAGAAACCAACAGACACACUGAGAAGGACGAAAGCGUGAAUUCAAAUGGCAGGCAGGGCGGGGUGGAGAUCGACCCCUGGGAAGAUGCUGAUUACAGUAUCUACAAAGUCAUCGACCGCUUCGGCUUCAUGCAUGAGGACGAGCUGCCAGCCCCGACUGCACAUGAGGAAAAGCGGAAGCAGCUGGAGAUAGAGAGAGCGGAGAAGUGGCUGAAGAUGGUAAAGAAGUGGGAUAAAUACAAGAAUAGCAACAGGAUGGUGAAGCGGGUGUACAAGGGCAUUCCUCUGCAGCUCAGGGGCCGGGCCUGGGCACUGAUGCUGGACGUGGAGAGGGCUAAGAAAGAGAACGAGGGCAAAUAUGAGAAAAUGAAGGAGCAGGCCAGACUGUACUCAUCUGAGAUCAAACAGAUCGACCUGGACAUCAACAGGACCUUUCGAAACCAUAUCAUGUUCAUGGAACGCUUUGGAGUCAAGCAGCAGUCUCUUUUCCACGUUCUUUCUGCGUAUUCAGUCUACAACACAGAGGUGAGCUACUGCCAGGGGAUGAGUCAGAUCGCCGCCCUGCUGCUGAUGUACAUGAACGAGGAAGACGCCUUCUGGGCCCUGUCACAGCUGCUGACCAAUCAGAGACACGCCAUGCACGGAUUUUUUGUUCCCGGGUUCCCCAAACUUCAGAGAUUCCAGGCACAUCAUGAUCAAAUUAUUUCUAAACUCAUCCCCAAGCUGAAGAAACAUCUGGACAGAGAGCAGAUGUCUGCAGGGAUUUACAGCACUAAAUGGUUCCUACAGUGUUUCAUUGACAGGACGCCGUUCACGCUGACCCUUCGCCUGUGGGACAUUUUCAUCCUGGAGGGAGAGAGGCUCCUCACCGCCAUGUCUUACACCAUCCUGAAGAUACACAAGAAGCGUCUGCUGAACAUGUCUCUGGAGGAGCUCAGAGAGUUCCUCCAGGAGCGGAUCGCUCAGACUUUCUUCUACAGCGACGACGUCAUCAUCGAGCAGCUCCAGGCCUCCAUGACUGAACUGAAGAAGAUGAAGCUGGACCUUCCUCCUCCGGGGAAGCCUGAGGAGUUGCCUCGUAAGCCUCUGGGUCAGGAGCUGCCGGUGCUGUUGAGUCCAGUCCAGCCCUCCAGAGGGAAGCCGUCCUCCGCCAGCGGGUUGCCGAAAGCAGGCCUGAGCCUCCACAUCAUCUCCCACCAGCCUGACUCCAUAUCCCCAGACCAGAGCCCCUCCAAGGACCCCAGGGAUCUCGAUGCUGUGGAAGAGGAGGAGGCCCCUCUGCCUUCCCCGGACCCCAUCAUCAUCCACAGCCAGGCCCCGCUCACCCCCGACGGCUCCCCGCUGAUGGGACCGCCCCCUUACCGGCCCCCAGGGAGUCGAGCAGUGGUCACAGCGGCUCACCCCUCACCUCCAGAUCAGGUGAGGGGUGAAAUGCAACCACAGAUCGCAGAUGCACUCUCGCCAGCCCCCACAGACGACUCGUCUGUGGCCGCUCGCUCGGCUGUCAACACCGACCGGUCCUCUUGCAAGGUCCCGCGGACUCUUUCGGCUCCCGUAGCCCAGGUGGCCUCGCCGGCUUCGGGCCUGGCUCAGUCUGAGAGUCUGUCAGCAGCAGAGAGGGCUGAGGACAGUUACCUGGUCCAGCUGCUGGAGCAGGCCUCAGCUCUGUCCACCAACAGCAACCUGAACCAGGACUCCAGCGAGGCAUCAGAGGAAACACAGGCUCCAGACAUUUCAUGAGAUGAGCACCAAUUUAUUGAUUGUGUUCCCUCUCCAUUUAUUGGAUUAUGUGUCCAUGGCAUGAAUUGGCUCAGCCUUCUUCACCUGUUUGGCAUAAAAGGUUCUGUAAAGGUCAAGGUUUAGGCAGUUAAAACAGUUUGGUGGAUGAGGUUACCCUUAAUGUUUUGGUGAAGAACUACGGAAGUACGAUUUAUGAGUCAGAUGAUCAAUGUCAAGCAAUAAUUGCUUAAAAAUGUGUUAUCAAUUUCAGGACCAAUGUUAAUUUUGGGAAUCUAAAUUUGUCAAUUUUUAAGAGAUAAAGUUACUAACUAACUAACUAACUUUAACUUUCUAACGUUUUGUAAUGACUCUAUACACUAGGCGUGACAGUGUGACUGUCGUCCAGGUCAUCAGAUAUGUAGUUGGAGGUCAAAGGCAGGUGGACUUGCUGUUUGGUCCUGAACAGCGGGACAGUUAGAGUUAAAGAUAGGACUAAAACCAGUGCUACCUCUGAGGAGGACAUGGAGAGGGACGACUCCUGGGAGAGGGUGUGACGCUGGUGUGUGAUGAAAUAAGGAAUUUAUCUCCGUGUUUUUAGGCUUUAUUUGUAAAGACAAAGGUUGUGUGUGCAAAAAUAUGAAGACAAAUUUACAGAUAUACAUAUCUUUAAUCUCAUAACGAUAUUUAACAAUAAUAGUGGGCUGUGAGUAAACAUUGGCAAUGGUAUUUGACUCAGCUACGUGAAAUUAGCCAAGCCAGCCCUAUCCAACCACUUUGGUUUAUAAUACCUACAGUGCUGCAUCUUGCCUAUAUUGUGCAGUAUUUUCCACGCAACAACAAUGUUGCAAACCCACAGUGGUUUCCGCUGGGACAGCACGGGUUCUUUGCGUCCCGCUCAAGUUCAGUCACAAAAAUUACUCAAAGACAACAGUGUCUUCCAAUGAACAGGUUCAAAUUACAAAUUUGGCCAUUCUGUUUUUAAUCUGUCUCUCACAAAUCCCCAAACUUCAGUGGAAUUAAAGUGGAAUACUACCUUGUGCAAACUAGAUGAAUGUGGUUUUAAUUGCAGAGAAAUUACAAGUAUUGUUACAUUUUUAAAAUUAAAAUGGAAAUUAUUAUCUAAUUACUUUAACUAAAUGCUUUUAACACUAGGUAAAACCCCAAUCUGUGCAGAACAGCCGAACCUUCCACGACACUUCGAUGUCUACAACUGUGUGUUUCUACAGAUUUCACAAUUUAAUCUUUCAAACACACUUCUCUCACUCUUCGUGCACGGGGGAAAUAUUAUUUGCAUUGUGCUCAUUUCCCAGAAUUUGAGAUACCUGGCUCUCACAGGAGGCACAGCUACACUGACUGACUGUCAAGACACCUUACAGGACUCUGGAGCAUUCGAGACCACGUCCACACCGUUUCCUGUUUGGCUGAAAAAGUCUGAUUUACCCGGAAAGUCACUUUGAAGGAAUCAGAAAGCAUACAGAAGUCUCCGAGGCAUUGCCCUUUACAAUAAAAUAACAUUUUUUGUAGUUUUGUAACGUUUCGUCAGCCUUUGUAAAAUGUUUGCUAGCAGAGUUACAGUUUUAUUUUUGUAUGAAUGUCUCGAUGCCUUAUUUGGAUCAGCUUCAGUUCUGUGGACGUGGUUGAUGUUAAACUCUGCACAACAACAGAGGAAGUGAGGUCAUUUGACACAACACGAGGACAAACUUUCAGGUGAAGCCUCUGACAUGGUGAGCUGGCUCACUGUUACGAUUGUACACAUUGAAACCUAUUGAGCUCAUUUUAAAUAAGUGGUUUUCUAGCUCAGUAAUUUAUUGUUUCAUCCUCUUAAGAAAGGCAUCCAAGUCAUUUAACCGCUCUUGUGCUCAUCCUUUUCAAGAAUUGGAAUAUUUGCUGCAUUUCCAUUGAGCUCCUCGAACGGUGAAAAUAGGCUUUGUUAUUUAAUCUUACAGAAGAGGAUCUGGAUUUAGAUGUUUCAGAUUUUGUUAACAUUGUGCGUAGAAAUGUACAGUAUUGUAGAACUAGGUAAGAAGAGUUACAACCAGUUUUCCCAUCUGAUGGUAGGAAAAACCAUUUCUUCAGCUCUGGGCUUAGAAAUAGUAAAAGGCUGACACCUUGUGGUUGCUUUAGGUUAAGAUCCAGCCCAGAGGAGCAGCAAUGUUGUAGUAAGAGUUUUGAACAUUUAGAAUUCAUCCAAAUGGCAACAAAUCAGAAAUAUAAAAAAAAAAAUCUUGCAAUUUAAUGCCAUUAUUUUGAAUUAUGUGAAUAUGUCCAGGCUUUAUAUGACAUUUGACUGUAUUUCAAUGCUAAAGCUCCAGCUAAUCUAAACAUGUUUUGAAUAAUUGUGUAUCAAAGUUUCCACAGUUGACCCAAGUUGCCGGUAGUUUUCUUCAGUGUUUCUCUGAACGAGAUGAAGUUAUAGUAGUAUGACAUUGUUAAACACUUCAGGUCAGUGGAGGUAAAACAAAGUGUUUCAUUCUUGGCUACAGAUUUGUUGUAGCCUACAUUGAAAUCUGCUGCACUUUUUUGUUAGGAGUUGGAAGAAACUGUUGACACCCUGGAGCUGAAACAAUACAACUUUUAUCUUUCUUGA